GUGUAGAGGAAUUGAAGCGUCCGUCGUCACUCACCGCCGCUAGAAUAAACACCGUCUUCGCCUGCUGAAGCUAGAGACCUACCACAACCACCAAUUGCCAGCGAAAUGAAGUUCUCAGCUGUCUUUGCUCUCGUUUCGGCGGCCGUCGUACUCGCGUCGCCUGCGGCUGUCAGCCUCAACCGAUCGACCAAGGAGGUGCGGGCCAGCGACAACACUGUCUCAUUGCUCUCAUGUGUCGAAUGUCCCUGUGAGGGUUUUGAUGGAAGCUGUCGAUGCAUUCCGAACGGAUGCUGCUGCACUUAAGCCGGUGACGCGCCGCUCGAAACAACACCACAGCUCGCAUAUCUGGGGUUCUACUUUCUCUGUAUACUUUAAAUCAAAAUACGGUUGCUGUACAUUCUGAUACAAAAAGAGUGGAGUUGUUCAGGACAACGUCAGUGGUCGUCGAUUAAGCAUGAACGAGUACAUGCAUCGACCAAAUAGGUCUCCAUAACAAGAUAAUACACUUUUCGAAAUCCGUUAAUCUGU